AAAGGUACUGGGAAAAGAAAGCGGUCAGUCUGUUACUUCAAAAGCCGGUACCACAAAGGCAACCUGGAACGAACACCCAUUCCAAAGCAGGAAGAUGUCAGAAAUCCGAAUCGCUGCCUUCCAAGGUCUUCGACUGGGAAGCCACCUUGGAAGGCAGCUUCCAACCUGGGUAG